GGUUAAUCUCGUUUCGAUACGAGAAGCCUGCAACUUAUUAUUGUUACGCAUAAGAGCAGGUUAUACCUUUCUGAUCUCACGUUAUUUUAUAAAAAAAAUAUACAAUCCAUCUUUCAAUUGAUUCUUCCAGAGUCAGCUUCUAUUUAAAUUUAUUUAAAACACCAAACCACAGCGAUCGAAACAAAAAAUGUUUUUCGAUAAAAUUAUAUACAUCGCGCGCAGAAUAUCACAGCGUAAAAAAAGUGUCAUCGUUGAAAUAAAAGUUUUCGUGUCAGCAUUUCGAAAGUUACACGAAAGCGUGUCAUAUUUAACUCGCAAUUUUCAAAGAUAAUUAAAAAGUAAUUAUCUUUCGUACAGUUUCGAGUAGAGUACGUAUUUCGUAUAUUUCUUGUAAUCAUAACAGAAAUCGUACGAGACAGUUCCCAACAUAUUUAAGAUGCAUUUCAGUUAAGAAAAGUAAUCGCGGUUUCAUUGGAUAGAUUACUUUGAUAUGAAUAUUUCCGAGAAAAACUGUAGCAGAACCAGGGAAAAGAAUGACAGGUGUCCCAUGCGGAUUAAAGCGAAGGAGGGAACGGAAAGGAAACCGACGCGCGCUUCGGUGCUCGGUUUAUUGCACCUGGGUGGUUUACGUACAGCAUUAUAUAAUUAUUUAUUUGCUCGUGCAAAUAAUGGAACAUUUAUCUUAAGAAUUGAAGAUACGGAUCAAAGUAGAUGCGUACCUGGAGCAAUAGAAAAAAUUCAAAACGAUCUAUUAUGGUCUGGAAUUAUAUCUGACGAAGAUCCCAUAAGAGAAGGACCCUAUGGGCCAUAUAUACAGUCAAAACGACUUGAAAUAUAUAAAGAACAAGUACUUAAACUUUUAAGUAAUCAAUCUGCAUAUUACUGUUUCUGCACAGAAAGCAGACUGCAGUUAUUGCGAAAAGAAGCUUUGAAGUGUGGACAAGUACCUAAGUAUGAUAACAGAUGUCGACAUUUGACUAGCAACAAAGUGAAAGAGCUCCUUGAUAAGGGACAUCCGCAUUGUAUCAGAUUCAAGUUAUCUUCUGAACCUGAAUGCGUCAAUGAUAUAAUAUACGGUAAAGUAGUUCACGAUGUCGCGCAACUCGAAGGAGAUCCAAUUAUUAUUAAAACGGAUGGUUAUCCGACCUAUCAUUUUGCAAAUGUCGUCGACGAUCAUUUCAUGAAAAUAACCCACGUUUUACGAGGAAUCGAAUGGCAAAUAUCUACACCUAAGCAUUUAAUGAUGUAUAAAGCAUUUAAUUGGACUCCUCCCAUUUACGGCCAUUUACCUCUAAUACUAAAUGCCAAUGGAACAAAAUUAUCAAAAAGGCAAAACGACAUAAACAUCGAGUUUCUUAGAAAAGAAGGAAUUUUUCCAUUGGCAGUUAUAAAUUAUGUUAUACACGCUGGCGGUGGUUUCGAUAACAAAGGAGGUGUUACAUAUAUUAAUUCUUAUGAAGAAUUAAUUAAACAAUUCGAUAUGUCUCAAAUAAAAGUGAGUUCUAAUAAACUCAUACCCGAGAAAUUAUUGCAAUUUAACAAACUGGAAAUUUCUAAACUGGUAGCGAACGAAAAAAAUAGAACAUUUUUAGUUGAAAGAAUUCAAAAACUAGUCAUAGAAGCAUUUCCAGACAGGAAAAAUGAUGGAAGUUUACAAUUGGACGAGGAUCAUAUAAUGGCAAUAUUGAAAUGGGGACAGGAAAGAAUAUAUAAAUUAAGUGACCUGGUAUCACCAAAUUUAUCCUUUUUAUGGAUUGUGCCAACUGCACCACUAGAUGUUACACAAUCAGGAUGUUUAGAUGUACUUAAACUGUUUACCACGAAAUUAACCGAAACCGAUACUCCAACAUACAACAAGGUAUGGAUUAAUGGUUACCUUAAAGAAUUAGCUAACGAACAUACUAUUCCAUUUCCGAAACUAACGCAAGUUUUACGCAGAAUUCUUAGUGGUUUGAAUGAGGGCCCACCUGUUGGCGAAAUGAUGGAAAUUUUAGGAAAAGACACUACGUUAUCGAGGAUAAACCGUUACAUUUCUUGAAGCUAAUCUUGUGAUCGAAUAUAUUUCUAAGUUUAUACGAUGUAUUUAAUAUAUUUAUUAAAUAUAAUAUUUUUACUUUGAA